AUGGCCAACGUUUGGGCAGAUUGUGGAGAAUCUUAUGAAAGAAGUGAUGACAAGAAGAUGGUUCCUGAGAACUUUUCAGUGGGGAUGUUUUUCUUGUCCCAGACGGUUGUGGGAAUCCUGGGUAAUUGGUUACUUUUAUUUUAUUAUUUCAUGUCUUUUUUCACUGGAAAGAAUCUAAUGCCCAAAGAUGCGAUUUUAAAACAUGUGACUCUUGCCAACUCAUUGUCUAUUAUCUCAAGAGGAAUUCCUCAAUCAAUGGCCGGGCUUGGGUUGAAAGAUUUCCUGGAUGAUAAUGGAUGUAAAUUUGUUAUGUGCCUGUUUCGUAUAGCCCGAGGAGCUACCCUUCAUUCCUCCAGUCUCCUGAGUUGCUUUCAGGCAAUCACAGUCAGCCAAAGCAACUCCAGGUUUAUGAAGAUUAAACAGAGAGUCAUGAAGUACAUUGUCCCCUCCUGUUCUUUUAGCUGGCUGGCACAUCUAUUUCUAAACAUCAGAAUUGCUAUGACAGUGACUGCCCUUGAUACCAACAGAAAUUUCACUAAGAAAUUAUAUGUGGGCUACUACUGCUCACCAAUUGGUUCUGAUGGCCCUGUAUCUCUUCUGUAUUUCUUCUUUAUUGGUUUCAUUGAUAUUCUCUAUCUAUGUAUCAUGGCCUGGACCAGUAUUUCCAUGGUGAGCUUCCUAUACAGGCAUAAGAAACAUGUACGGAACAUCCACAGUUCCCAGCAUGCCCUCAGAGCAUCUCCUGUAGCCAGAGCCACCCAAGUCAUCCUGAUCCUGGUGUGUACUUACAUCACUUCCUAUGCAAUGUCCUUCAUCUUCAUAUUAUACAUAAUACUCUGUAACAAUCAAAAGCUGUGGUUGAUGAACACACUUGCACUUUUAGAGAACUGUUUCCCUACUCUUUUCCCCUUCAUAGUAAUGAAGAACAACAAUAACAAGAACAACAACUCUACUUUCAGUAUCCAUUUUUCCUGCCACAGGAACAAAUAA